AUGCGUCUACACUUUGGUACCACAGAUGAAUUUCUCCUCGGCAACAUUCUGACGCUGUUCGGCGCGGGCUCCCAGCCGACGUACCAGACCCUGGUGUGGCACCUGCUCAACCUUGCCGACAAGGUGGACCCUGUCCAGCGCAGGAUCAGGGAUGAGGUCGAUCUGGUGGUGGGAAGAAACAGACCCCCUCACUGGGAGGACAGACAUGACAUGCCUUACACCAUGGCUAGCAUCUGGGAACUCUACCGCUGGAGGACGCCAGUGUUGCUUGGAGUACCGAGGCAGGCCGAAGAAGACGUCGUGGUUGGUCAGUACCUGAUCCCGGCUGGAACGGUCGUUAUCUCCAACAUAUGGGCGGCGCACAUGGACCCGGAACGAUGGACUGACCCGGAGCAAUUCAAGCCAGAAAGGUUCCUCACCGAUGAGGGUUCAGCACUAGUUGAAAAGCCAGAGAACCUCAUUGCCUUCUCUAUAGGCAAACGAAUGUGCCCCGCGAAACCCUUGGCCAACGCGCUAGUGUUCGUGUACAUUGCGCUGAUGGUCCAGCGCUUCGUAAUUCUGCCAGAGGAGGGAAAAUCCAUAGACCUGAGUUUCGACACUGACGGCCUCUGUGUCCCCAGACUGCAACACCUGCGCUUCAUGGAACGAUAA